AUGCCCGUGUCUCGGUCACGGAAGCAAUCACACGUGCGCGGUCAUAGGCGGGUGAGCGCCAGCGACGACGACGUGGACGGCGCCGGGAGGGGUGGGGGCGCGCGCGUGGAGGGGCAGGAAUGCGACUGGGCCCGAAGAGCGGCGGCGGCGGCCGAAGCGGCGGCCGGGCGCGGCGGCCGUGGAAUGCGGCCAGUGCGGACGCGACGCGCAGCGCAGCGCCAGCCGGUCGGCCGCGCGCGUCACUCGCUCUCUUCUCUCUCCGACUCUGUCAACCUCUCGCCUCCCGGGAAGGCGGAGCUGUCGGUGCAAGGGGACGACUUCACGCGCCAGAUAUGGCAGAUGUACGCCACCUUUGAGGAGCUGGUCGAGUCUCGGGAUGGGCGCGCGCCACGCGCCUCCAAGUCGCGCGCGCGCCCGCGACACGCCCACGCACACGCCCACACCCACCACAGGCGUGCCGUGAUCGGUGGUAGUGCUUUGGAACUGGGCGCCAUGUCGGGCCCUGCGGCGCCGGCGGCGUCUACGUCUGCGUCGACGUCGGCGUCGGCGACGGCGGCCAUAGAGUUCAGCGUGGACGCGGACGCGGGAAUGGUGCCGCAGGGUGCCAAGGACGACCUCAGCAUCGUCUACCACCCGUGCAAGCGCUACCGCCGCCCGCCCGCGCGCCGCCACAAUCCGCUGCUCGACACCAUCAGCUGCAUACAGGACGCGUGUGAUUCGGAUCAAGAGUUGGGGCCGCCGGUCGGCGCGCCGUCGGGUCGCUCGACGGCGCAGCGGCUGGACAACGCAGACAAGGACUCUAUCGGCUACGCGGGCUCCAACUCGAUCGACUCGGGCUACAAGAGCUCGUGUCCCACGCCGGAGCCCGGCGAUGCGGGCCUGCUGCUGUACGCCGGCGACAGCAAGCGCUCCUCCAUCGCCGCCUCGGCGCAGAAGCCGCGCAUUGCCAUGGGCACCAAGGUCAUCAACAGGCACUCGCACCCGCAAUACGCGGGCCGGGACCUGGACCACCUCAUGUACCUGCGGCAGUCGAUCCUGAGCGCGAUGCAGCGGUACGAGCGCCAGGGCAGCGGAGGCGGUGGCGGCUCGCGCACGCACUCGCCGUCGCCCAGCGCGUCGCCGGCCGCCUGCCGCCUCGCCACGGCCGAGGAGGACAUCGACACGCUCCUGUACGGCCAGCCGUGCAGCUACGUCACCAUGAUCGAGGACAAGUACCGCCGCUCCAGCGUCGCCAGGGUCAAGAAGCUCAGAGAGAAGAGCCGCAGUGGCGGCCCGGCGGGCGCCGCGUCAUCGUCGAGCAGCGACAGCAGCUGCGCGGCCAGCCCUACGGGCGCCGGCGCGCGCUCUGGACGCUUCUCCGAGGUGGCCAAGUGCAUGCUGGAGAUCAUCGAGGACCUGCAGAACCAGACGCAGUCGCCCCCCGAGCCGGCCCCGUUGCCGCCGUCGCAGCAGCCGGCCACCGAGUACCACGUGUACGAGGAGAUAAUGUACGAGAUGACGACGCGGCCGCGCGACGACCCGAAGCGCGUGCCGCCCCCGCUGCCGGCUCGGCCGCGCAGUUUCAAGCCGGCGGCCAGCCGCCCCAAGCAGCGCAGCAACCUCUACUCGCUGUUCCGCGAGCAGAGCGCUCGCCGCAACAUCUCGCAGUCGCUCGAGAAAGAGUUCCGCCGCGCGCGACGCCACUACUCGUCGUCCUCCUCCGACGAGGAGUACGGAUUCCGCGUGCACACGCAGUAG